UUAAUGAAACAUCGUUUUCCUUUCAAUACUUUUAACUUUACAUCUGCAGAUGUGUUCUUGUUUAAGGGUGAAGUGCAACAAAUUGAAUUUUCUGAACCGCUUUUGUCCGGAGAUUACCGUUUGCUACAAGUGGAUCCCGAACUAGCCGAUCAGAUUGAGAAAGGUUCAAGUUUGACAUUCCGUGGUGAGUUGGAUGACUAUCCUGUGCUAUGUACGAAGGAUACGACGUACUGUGUGAAGGAGGCCGAAACGUCGAAUACACUCUUGGUUUUACCUCAGUUGGAUUUUACCAAUGAUAAGAGUGAUGAAAACGAGCGAAUUCUGGCAACGCGUAAGGUGAUCGCAAUGCAGUCGAGAUAUCUGGAAUUGAAGAAGAUCAAUGUGGUAUCGUCGAGUCGUCUUAGAGAGUUGUUGCGAGAAAAUGAAUUGCAGUGGGAUGCGGACGAACAAGCUGACGAGAACAUGGAACAGAACGCAAAAUUGUAUGCUUUCGUUCAUCAUUUAGUUCCAAACACUAUUUAUUUGACAAAUAUUGUAUCCUACUUAUCGGCUGUUGAAGGUUAUUACCGAAUGUUGUCAUCGAUUUAUCGUGAUCAACUGCUGAUGGAACUAACAGACUGCUGUGAUGAUGAUGAAGAGCCUGACAUCCAGAUCAAUUCGAUACGUCUGAAAACUCUCACAGAGGCACUGCAGAGGCGCAAUCCUACGAAAGAAAUUCCUUCAGACGCCGUGCUCUGGCUUCUGAAAGCCCAUUGCACUGUUGUGAAUGGACUUGGAGUGGAUUGCAAUAUUUCUGAAUCGGUGUUUCGCAUUUCAGAAGGUGAUGAGACUAGUGAAUUUGCGCUUGAUGAACGUGCCGUAUGCCGAUCGAAGAUCUCACAACUGCUCCGAGCUGCAGUUCGUUUCGAGUAUUCGGCAUUCGAGAAACUUAUACGACAGAUGCUGCCAGAGGGCAUCGAAAUGAAGGCUAGCGUCAUUUUUCAUUUCGAUGUACUGAGUAAAUUUAUGCGAAUGAAAAUUACGAACUGA